AAUCACAGGUAGCUUGUCAAAGUUGCAAGUUGUGAAGUACAUACUCAGAAAUAUUGAGCAUUUUGCUGGAAUUAACUCGAGAAAGAGCAACUGCAAGUAUUUUCUGGAUCAUAUAACAAUUGCAAUCAUAAAGAAAAGACAAUGGGGCGCCGCUGUUGCGUUUCUGAAUGUCCAUCGACGUCGCGGCUCUUUCAGCACCACGGCGUCACUUACCACUCGUUCCCAAUGGACCCCGUCAUACGGGCCAUUUGGAUCAAAAACUCGCGCACUAGUCUCGAUCGACCAAUUACAAAGAGUGUGCUUGUCUGUUCGCGUCACUUUCGACGGCUCGAUUUUAAUAACGUUCGCAAUGGAAAAUAUUUGCUAAAGCAGCGCGUUUUUCCCACCGUCUUUCCGUGGGGCAAAAUGGAACCCGCUGAGAUCGAGGCGGAUCAGCGUGCACUGCAACAGGCGACAGUGGAUGGCGUUGGGGUCAGCGGUACCGCAAACAGUGCUACCAGCGAGGACUUGAUCAGAGCAACUGUGGACCAAAUUGUUGCCCAAAUCCAUGCCGAGACUGCCGAGCGGAAUGCAGCCGCGGCCGGUGCAGCCGAGGCAGCAGCUAAAGUGGAAGCUGAAGUGCAAACAGAAGAUGCUAAGGCAGUUAAAAUCGAAGCAGAGACUUCGGCUGGUGCUGCUGAGAGUAAAAUGGAUGCAACUGUGCCAACUGUGGACGCCGUUGCUGCCGGCACAGCUGAUUCCGCUAACGAAACGCUGCCAGAUGCCAGCAGUGCCAAUUCACCCGUGUCUGCCACACCCCCCACAUAUGGACCUCCCACAAACCUGACGAUUGGCGCACGUCUCGAGGCGUUAAGCGCUGAUGGCGCAUGGCUGACCGCACGUAUCGUCGAAGUCAACGAUAAGGAGGAAACGCUGCUUAUACGUUUCGAGCGGAACAGCAAGCUAAAAGUGUUGCCCUCGACGAACGGCAGCUACCAGGAAUGGAUGGGUUUCAAAUCGGAUCGCUUGCGUCAGCGCAUCAGCUCGCGUGUGCUGCCCGUCUUUGAGCUGGAGGAGAAGUGUAUGGCACGCUGGUCCGGACCUCGCAAAUUUCCGGGCACCAUCAAGAAGCUGCUGGGCAACGAUACCUACGAGGUGCUCUUCGAUGAUGGCUACACGAAGAAUGUGCGCGCCGUCCACAUGACUAAGUUGCCGCGUCAGCUGCCCGCGGUGGGAACUGAGGCAGCCACUGAAUCCCUAACCGCAGACUCAGCCAACGUUCCACUUGCAGUCGGAGUUGGAGUGAAAAGACCAAGCACUGGUCCUAGCAGCACCAAUAAGAAGAGCAAGACGACACCACAGCGCAAGGACUGGCCAUUACUGGAUAUGUCCACUUUGGAUUUAGCUGCUUUGGGACUGCCGGACAUACCGCACGAUGGGGAAUGGACCUGUCACUGGGUAAACGAUCAGCCCAUUGGCACCGAAGGUUUUCUCAUUGUGGGUGAGCAUCAGAAGCCAACGGUAAUUGUACACGACUGGCGGCUGCCGGAUGGUUGGAUCAAGCACAUGUAUCAACGCUCCAAUGUGCUGGGCAAGUGGGAUGUCAUCCUGGUGUCGCCCAGUGGCAAACGAUUUCGCUCCAAGUCCGAUCUCAAGGUGUUUCUGGAGUCGCAGGGCGAGGUCUACAAUCCAGAUGUGUACGAUUUUAGCAUUCAUCGUCGACGCGCCAAGGACAUCAAUGCCUAUGUAUAUACACACGACUACAGUCCGCAGCAGCCGGUCAAGCCAAAACCAUUGGAUGUCUCCCUGGACACUACUGCAACAUUGCAAGAUUUGAACAGCAGCAAAUUAUCGACUGUCACGCCCAUAUCGGCAAUGGGUACGCGACGCAAUGCAACCGAGGAGAGUCAGUACAUGGAAACACCAGUGGCCUCAUUGGUGCCACCUGCGGAGCUGAUGUCGCCUUCGCCACAUGCCCAAGGAGUUGAGGCGCUGUCUUCCACAGCUGAUGCAGCUGCAUCCAGCUCUGCUCCUGGCAUGGAAGAGCAUGGAUCCGUUGUUGUGGAAGAUGGUUGCGCCUUUAUUGGCGGUUUGAAAAUUCAAAUAACCGACAAUUUGUUCGUUUGCCCUCGCGACGGUUGCGGCAAAACCUUCCGAAAAGAAGAUUUUCUACAAAUACACAUUCGUCAUUACCACAAGGAACUUGCCGAGCACGUCAGUCACUGUCCUAAGAUGCAGGAGCUGGCCGUGAAGCGGACGCAUCCCUCAUCAAUUGAGCAGAACGACCAGACGCCCAAAAAUCAAAUACCCAAUCAGCAGUUCUUUGCCAAGCUGCAUCAGCAGGACUUACAGCAAUCGCGUUCCUUUCGACGUCACCCAGUGGGCACAGAAACAUCGCCAUCGGCUCGGGACACAUCUCCUAAUAUUUCGCCUAGCAGUGCAGGAAUACCAAUCAAAUUAGAAUCGCCAACGACACCAGAAUCUGUUUCAGCAACUGCAGCUGUUGGACCAGUGACCGGUGAAGUAGCGACACCAAGUCCACUAGAAACAAGCAAAUCCGCAACACCAAUCGCCACGACUUCGUCCAAUCGAUCCGUCAAACGUGCGCGUCCGUCAUCUAGAAGACGUCAGUCAGGCUCACGUAAGAGCAGUCGUCAACGCACACAGCGUCGUCCAGUGAAUUCAUCCCAAAGAAGAAUUCCUGCAGCGGUCGGUAAUUCGAGAAACUUGCCGGUCUCGGGGGUUGAUCACGAUGUCACUCAACUGUCGUACACACCCAUUCCGGAGGCUCGUAACGAUUCCAAGAAGCGACGCAUAGCUACUUCGGGAACACCGGUUGGUUCUCCUGCCAACAUCGCGUUGGUGCCGAGACCAUUAUCCAACGAUCUGGUUGACAUAAAUGCAGCUUUGCCGCCGCCGCCUGCACUACCAUUGGCCCCCCCGACGCCGCAGUACAUCAAGGAGAACGGGGAAUUAAUCCGCAUUGUACGCAUGCGGCAGGAGGAAAUCAUUAACUGUACUUGCUACUAUGGCGAUGAGGAUGGCCUGAUGAUACAAUGUGAAUUAUGCCUGUGUUGGCAGCACGGCCACUGUUAUGGCAUUUUCAAGGAGUCGGAAGUGCCGGAGAAGUAUGUCUGCUAUAUUUGCCGCAAUCCGCAGCGCAUGCGCGAAUCAAUGCGUUUUAAGCAUGAUCAGGAAUGGCUAUUCGAGGGUAAACUGCCAGUAGCUGGCUAUCACACGCCUAAUCAGCAGUCGGUCAAGAAGUUCGAGCUUUUGAAGCACUCUCACACCCUGACCGGCAAUUUGCUGGAUGCUAAGCGUUUCAUGCACUCGCUGCAGGUCAAGAUCAAUAUAGCUCGGAAUCGCUGCCACCCCAAGCUGUAUCUGUGGGCCAAGAAGUGGGACGAGGAUCAGACAGAUGCCUCUGCCUCGCCCGUCAAGCGACCAAAGGUCGAACAGACCAAUUGGCCACAUGCGCCACAACCUGAGGCUGCCAUCGAUCCUGAGGAGUGUCAAUACCGUUUAAUUGAGCAUGUCAAGGUACAACAAUCAUUAUUGAUGAAUCGCCUUAAUGACAUCGAAGCUGAAAUGGAUGAACUUGAGAAUGAGGACUACCUGACCGAUCUUAAAGACUCAAACAUUUCGACAACCAAAGAAGCCAUGGCCACGUUUAUUAAAGAGCUAGAGAUAAUGAAGCGUCUUGCAAAGCUCAACAAUGUGGCCAACAUGAAACAGUCUCUAAAGGACCAAGAAUCGGUGUCUGAAAUUAAUCAAGCGUAAAAUACUGUGGCAGUAAAUCUUAUUUGAAAUAUAAUUUAAUUAAUAGUUUUUUGCGGUUAUGAAUAAAGGCUUAAGCGCCAUCUAUCUUA